AUGUCCACCCUUAUCACUCACUUAAUCAACCCCCUUCUAUACAUGGUCCCGAUCCUUCUGGCAGUAGCCUUCCUAACUCUUAUUGAACGAAAAGUACUGGGAUACAUACAACAUCGAAAAGGCCCAAACAUUGUUGGGCCCAUAGGACUUCUCCAACCAAUCGCAGACGGAGUAAAACUAUUUGUAAAAGAACCUAUCCGCCCUUCAACCUCCUCCCAAGCCCUUUUCCUACUGGCCCCCACCAUAGCCUUCGCCCUAGCCAUAUCUAUCUGAGCCCCUAUCCCCAUGCCAUUCUCCCUUGCCGACUUAAAUCUGGGAAUCCUAUUCAUUCUAGCCCUCUCAAGCCUCACAGUUUACACCAUCCUUGGAUCAGGGUGAUCCUCCAAUUCAAAAUACGCAUUAAUUGGAGCUCUUCGAGCAGUUGCCCAAACAAUCUCAUAUGAAGUUACUCUUGGUCUAAUCCUCCUCUGCAUAAUUAUACUAACCGGUGGAUUUACACUAUUCAACUUCAACACAACACAAGAGCACAUAUGACUAGUCAUUCCAGGCUGACCUAUAGCAGCAAUAUGAUACAUCUCAACACUAGCGGAAACCAAUCGAGCCCCAUUUGACUUAACCGAAGGAGAAUCUGAACUUGUUUCUGGGUUCAACGUAGAAUACGCUGGGGGCCCCUUUGUCCUCUUCUUUCUAGCCGAAUACGCCAAUAUCCUUAUAAUAAACACCCUGUCAACUAUUCUAUUCCUGGGAUCCUCAUUUAUUGACACCCCUGAACUCACAACAAUUUCGAUCAUGUUUAAAGCUUCCCUGCUCUCUCUUUUAUUCUUAUGAGUACGAGCUUCAUACCCACGCUUUCGAUAUGAUCAACUAAUACAUCUUGUGUGAAAAAACUUUCUCCCAAUCACACUAGCAAUAACACUAUGACACAUCUCCUUACCAAUCUCUCUAUCAGGCCUACCACCUCAGAUAUA